CUUGUAUAAAACCUCUCAAAGAGGGCGCAGAGUGCAGAGUGAGUGUGUCGUCUUUAGGUUCCACUUUAUUUUUUUCUUACGAAAUCUCUGUUAAAACAGUAAAAAGAGAAAUCUCGGAAACUUUUCCAGGUCGGACAACCAUGAUGUUUCCCUGCAGCGCUCUGCCUUCUCCUCUGUACCCGGGUUUACUGCGUCCUCCUGCGGCUCUCAAUUUGCCCAUGAACCGGUCACUCCACUCAGGUUUCCUAGUAGAAGAUCUCCUCCGAUUAAGCCAACCUGUCAGCUACAUACAUCGGACUUUCUCUUCCAGAAGUCCCGGGAACAUUCUCCAGCUCAACGCGGGCCCGGGCGGCCCUCCCCGGGUUUUAGAACCCAGCACAGAGCGGUGUGUGCUUCAAAGCUCCAGCCAGCCGAGCCGCAGUCACCCCGGCUCUCCGCAGACUGCCUGCCCGGACUCCGGCUACCUGAAGUUCGGCGUUAGUGCGAUACUAGCACCGUCCACACGGAGCGUCCAGAGUCUUCAGACUAAGUCCUUCCCUUUGCCUUUCUUUGAUGGGAGCCUUCAUCCUUUCAUCAGAGCUUCCUACUUCACAGCCUCCUCCUCUGUGAUUCCUGUCCCAGGAACAUUUUCAUGGCCCCUGGCCCCCAGAGGGAAGCCGAGGAGGGGCAUGCUGCGGCGGGCUGUGUUCUCAGACCUCCAGAGGAAGGCCCUGGAGAGAACUUUCCAGAAGCAGAAAUAUAUCAGCAAACCAGACAGGAAGAAACUCGCCAGUAAACUGGGGCUUAAAGAUUCCCAGGUAAAGAUCUGGUUUCAGAACCGCAGGAUGAAAUGGAGGAACUCCAAAGAGAGGGAGCUGCUAUCGACAGGCGGCUGUCGCCAGCAGACCCUCCCCACCAAAACCAACCCCCACCCAGACCUCACUGAUGUAGGCAGCACCCACUGCCACAGGCUGGACAGGACGGCACCCACCAGCCACGAGUCACAUCUUCACCACCACCACCAUCAUCAUCAUCAUCAUCACAAUCCUUCCUCUCCAUCAGAGUCCAGCAAACAGUCCGAGCUCUCAGAGUCAGACAGUGAAGAAAUCACAGUUUCAUAAAAGAUUCAGACAUCUGAUUACACUCUUGAUUAUUUUUAUACUAUACAACAGUCCCCGGUAAUCAGAUGCUGUCAGUUGUGAAGGAUGACAGGACAAAAACAGGAUGUAUCAAAGAAAAUGGUGAAUGAAAGUCCAACACCACAAGUGCUUCAAUCUGCUCUGUACAUAGCUGUAUUUUCUCAGCCUUCCCCCUCUGUGCCAUAUGUCUGUACAGUGUUGUUUAUAUUACUUUUAAAUGUAGUUCAGUAUAUCUAUAUACAGCAAAUAAGCUAUACUGAGCUAUUUUAGAUAUUUGUAGAUUGAAAUGUUUAAAACUCUUAAAUAUACAACAUUUUCUUUCCGUACAUAUUUGUGUUCUUUAUAUUUUCUCAAAUAAAUCUUGACAAGUCUCA